CAGACGUCGUUGGCAGCCAUAUCAGCAGAUUCACGCUCACUUAGGUUGGGAAGAGCGUGAGAGAGUUGAAUCGAUGCUCGUUGGCAGCCAUCUCAGCAGAUUCAUGCUUGUUGGGCUGCAAGGAUAUUGAUCGCUGCUCGUUGGCAGCCAUAUCAGCAGAUUCACGGUCUUUUAGUGCGCACGGAGCGGGCGAGCGAUUGUCAUCGAUGCUCGUUGGCAGCCAUAUCAGCAAACACACGGUCGUUUAGCGCGCCCGAGCGCGAGUGUGCGGGGGAUCGUUGUUUGUUGGCGUCCAUAUCAGCCGAUUUGCGGGCGCCGGGGUCAAAGGUUCGGAUCGGCGUUGCUCGGUGUCAGGCCAUAUCAGCAGAUGCAUGUCCUCUCAGACAGCAGCGGACGACCCCCUCGCAGCGCAGGCCUCUGCCUCUGAUCGACGAGCGCGAGCGCGAGCACUAGCGCGACCGGAUCUUGUCUUGCCCGGCGUGCGCCUCUGGUCCGAGUAGGGCGUUUUUAUCGUACUAUAGUCUUUUUAAUCGAAUUCCGGUCGGGCCCGAGCGUCGGACGAGCAAGUCAAUCGGGCCUUUUGCCGUUCAAACGGGGCCUCGAUCGUUUUGUCGCGGGAAAGCGUUGUCUCGUGCGUUUGCGCAGCCGUCAGUCCGUCGAGACUAAUUGCGCCAAUGACGUGACCCCGGGGGCCGGCCCCUCGAGAGAUUAGAGCUGCUGCUGCUGCUACCGCCUCGGAGUCUGUCAUGUUGUCAGCUCGAUGACGAGCGGCAAAGAACGAGCCUUUUUCCCGUUAGCGCACCAGGCCGGAGCGGAGUCUUUGACAGGUUUUUUCUAGCGUCGGAGCGGGGCAGGCAGGCCGGCGAAUUUGCUCCGGGCUCGCGGCUCGGAAUCAGUCUGGCAAGAACCGGGGCUUCAUGUCUUUGUCGUGAGGAAUUACGUGCACGAGUGGCCCAACAUUCAAGACGUUGCCGAAUUAAAGAUGGGGACAGGCGAAACCGGAACGCCCACGAAGGCUGCCAAAGUCUCCACCACGCAAGAGCAGCAAACCACUCCGACGCCCUACGCGGAAUGGGGCGCGGCAUUCCAGGCGUAUUACAAUUCCGGAGGUCAACCACCGCCGGGCUAUUUUCCUCCCUCGGUCGGCUCGGGGCCGCAACCCCACCCGUACAUGUGGGGCGGGCAGCCAAUGAUGCCGGGGUAUGGCACGCCCGCGCCACCCUACGGUGCCAUGUAUCCGCACGGAGGCAUGUACUCGCAUCCCUCGAUGCCCCCCGGAGCUCACCCCUACUCGCAGUAUGGAAUGCCCUCGCCCGGCGGGGCAAUUGCGAGUGAGGCCACAGCGACCACCCCCGCGGGAGGCGAAGGCGAAGGGACCAAGGUGGCGGACCGGUUGAAGAACAGACUUCCUCUGAAGCGGUCCAAGGGCAGUGAUGGUGGCAAAGGCAAUUCCGGGUCGGCCGACGGCGUGUUCUCGCAGAGCGGCGAAGGCGAAAGUGGCAGCGAGGGAUCGAGCGAAGGGAGCGACGAUGACAACUCGCAAAGCAUGCUUCGGCAGAGGAGUUUUGAACAGAUGACCCUCGAGAGCGCCAUCGUGGUGGCGGGCGCCCCCGCGCCUGCUUACAGCAACCAGCAGCCCGGGUUCGUGAAUCUUGCCGUGGGCAGUGGAGGAGCUGCCGGGGCGCAAUUCGGCAUGCCAGGCAAAGGAUCCGGAGGCAGUGGAACCAAUCUGGCUGGGAUGAACAGCGGCAAGAAGGGCAAGCGACCCUCGGCCAGCAGCUCCGGUGGGAUGGUGCCAACGACUCCCGGGACGCCUCUGAAGGGCAGCAGCGGCCGGGAUGGGGUACCUCCGGAGUUGUGGUUGCAAGAUGAGCGUGAGGUCAAACGGCAAAGACGGAAACAAUCGAACAGGGAGUCAGCAAGACGGUCUCGCUUGCGUAAGCAGGCGGAGUGCGAGGAACUGGGCACUCGGGUCGACACUUUGACCGUGGAAAACAUGGCUCUGAGGACAGAAUUAGCACGGGUUUCGGAGGAAUGCAAGAAAAUGAAAGCCGACAAUGCAGCCCUGUUUGCGCAGCUGCGCAAGCAAGCGAACACGAACAAUGUGGCCGAGGAAGCUGCCGAAGAUGCACAGGCCGUGCAAACCGAAGGUAAUGGCAAGGCGCAAGACGGCAGUCCCAGACGGAACCCAAGCAGGAACGAGGAAGAGGCCUCAGGAGAUUCUCCCACGAAAGCCCCCGCUUCUGCAGAAGCAGGAACGACGCCGGCAGAAGCUGUAGCUGCCGGAUAAUCUUUGGUUGCGGACGUCAAGCAUGAGGAGCUUAUUUGUUUUACACGUAAGUGACGUGUCCGAUUUAUUCUUGCACUAGAUCAGGGUUUCAAUGUUCUAAAGAGAGAUUGAAAUCCGAAGGGGGUGAAGUUAAGAUAUCGGGGAUUCACACUCAGGCGUAACAAUUUUGAGGCUGAGUAGAGUCAAACAGGGGCCGAGUAGAGUUUAAUCAUUAGGAGAGUAGAACUUAUGAGCUGGACCAAGUGAAAGGCACUGGCCACAUGGACAUGAUAAUUUAGAGUGGCAUCCACAUGAAUUGAAGAGGCGGUCCUGCCAUGAUUGUCCCAUGCUUGAGCACUAAUGAAGGAAAUACAGGGGGCUCACUUGAGAGCCAAUGCUGUGUCUUGAUUGUCCUGGAUGUAUAUAACUUAGCUGAAUGUGGAAGCGUCUUCUUGGUUUCAAGAUUACAUGUAGCCCGUGCCGUACAAGCAUUUAGAGAGCCCGCGGUGGCGUUGAGAAUAUGUACGAGGAAAACUCCACUCGCUUCAGACGUAGUGGACGUUUUAAGCAGGUGGUGCUUCAAUUUUGUAGACCAGGGACUUGGUUUGUGCGCCGGAGAGACGAUAAUCUGAUAGCAUAGGGAUGUGGGUCGUCUGCAUCUUUUGGCAAAGAUUUCAGUAUACUGAGCGUUGGUCAUGGGACGCACUUCUGCUGUAAUUUGUGCAUAAACGGCUCGUGUGCACGAUGUGUGAUCGCACGCGCCAACGGUGUAAAUGAAGCUAUAUGAUUCAAAGCAAAUUUGGUGUCGCCGAUUUUUCGAUUAGAGAAUUGUUG